AUGCAAUUCAAAUCAUUAGCACUUUACGCUUUAGCUUCAUUACAAUUAACUUCAGCUGCUUCAAUUUAUGGACGUGCUGAUAAAGAUCCAUCAGUUUCAGUUACAAAAGUAGAUGGUCAAGAAAGAUUUAAAUAUGAAGUUGUUUUCGAUAUACAUAAUAAAGGUGUAUUAUCAUUAGAUAUUGGAUUAAUUGAUCAUGGUUCAGAAAAUACAGAUCUUGAUAAAAGUUCAGGUGUUCAUUAUAGUGAAAAUUUAUAUGUAGCUGGUAGAACAGAAUUUUAUCAAUCUCAUGUUAAAGGUACUUGGAAUUAUAAUGGAGAUGGUCAACCUGCAACUUUAACUAUUUAUGGUGGUGGUGUUGGUAAUGGUCCACUUGGUGAAGGUUUAAAAUUCAAUCUUAAUGGUUCUUUUGAUCCAGAUGGUGGUGAUGAUAUUGAAUAUAAAGAUAUUGCUUCUGAAUUAUAA